AUGAACACCAGAUACACAUGCAUCAACAAGACAAGCAAUCUGGUUAUUCCCGAAGCCGAUUGCCUCUAUUCAAACAAAACUUACCACAAGUCAAGCACAUACCGACCUGUCCAGAACGAGAAGUUUGGCAUUCAAUAUGGCGCCGGUCUCGCAAGCGGUGUUCUAGCCUACGAAGAUGCCAAAGUGGGCGACAUCGCUGUUCGAGGACAAAAGAUUGGCAUUGCAAAUGUGUCGAACCCGAUGGGUGACGGUGUCAACAGUGGAUUACUUGGUCUGGCAUAUCCUUCAAUUACGUCGGCACAGCCCGCCAACCAUACAUCCAACGCAAUUUGCUGGUUCGACCGCUUGCCCUACAAUCCACUGCUAUACACUAUGCAUGAAAAAGGCCUUAUUGAGCCUUAUCUCAGCCUGGCACUCGCGCACACACCUCAAAACGCGUCUACUGCUUUUGGAGGGUAUUUAACUCUUGGUGGUCUCCCACCUGUCAAUCAUAGCUUCGACUUUACCACAGUUCCCGUCGAACUUACGAAGAACAUUCCACUCAAUUUUACCUCUGGCAAGGAAGUUAGAUAG